CCUGUCGGGCGGCUCACACCGCUCCGCCGCCGCUGCCGUGCACGCACCGCUCCCUCUCUGCCCGCGUCCCCGAGGACUUUUCCCCCGGCCUGUCCGCGCCCCACCGCCCGCCCCAGCCAUGAAGCCGCUCUGCGGGGCUGCGCUCCUGCUGCUGCUGCUCUGCGCUGCCGCCGCUGCCCAGAACUCGUGUGUCUGCCUGAAGAACAAGCGUGUCACCAACUGCAGGAUGGAAAGUGGUCAAUGCCGCUGCGACGCCAUCGGCUCCGGCGCCAUCGUGGACUGUAAUACCCUGACUUCAAAAUGCCUGUUGAUGAAAGCAGAAGUGAUGGGCUCAAAAUCUGGUCGUCGUGAGAAACCAAAAGAUGCAUUUGAAGAUACUGAUGGCCUUUAUGAUCCUGAGUGUGAAAAUAGUGGCGCUUUCAAAGCGAAGCAGUGCAAUGGAACCACCUGUUGGUGUGUGAAUACAGCUGGAGUUAGAAGAACUGACAAACAUGAUACAGACUUGAAGUGCAAUCAAUUAGUCAGAACGACGUGGAUCAUCAUUGAGAUGAAACAUGCUGAGAGAGAUACUCCUCUGAAUGCUGAAUCUUUAAAGAGGUUUUUCAAUGAGACCAUCACCAGUCGUUAUCUGCUGAAAGGCCGCUACAUAACCAAUGUUCUGUAUGAAAAACCUUACAUUACUAUUGAUUUGAAGCAAAAUUCCUUAGAAAAAUCGUCUGAAGAUGUGGAUAUAGCUGAUGUGGCCUACUACUUUGAAAAAGAUGUAAAAGGUCAAUCCAUCUUUCAUAAUAACGUGGGGCUAAACAUCAGUAUUGACAACGAACCGGUGAAGCUUGAGAAGACAGUGGUCUACUAUGUUGAUGAGAUAGCACCAGAGUUUUCUAUGAAGUCUCUGACUCCCGGCCUUAUUGCUGUCAUUGUAGUGGUAGUAAUAGCAAUAGUGUCUGCAAUUGUUGUUCUGGUCCUUACAAGGAGGAGGAAAGGGAAGUACGUGAAAGCUGAGGUGAAGGAAAUGAAUGAAAUGCAUAGAGGACUGAAUGCUUAACUGAAUCAACUGAAGACAAGCCAGAAGACAACAAAAAACAUUGGCGGCAUGAAUCUUAACUCUUAAAGCUUUCCUCCUGAAAGGGAGGUAAUUGUGCUCACUUAUUGAAUGUUAAAACUCUUAACAACCACGACUGGUAACCAUUCAACUACUUUUACUAUUUUUUGAGAGUUAAAUGCCCCAUCUUACUCAAGUGAAACUUAACUAUUGCUCCCUGAUUUAGUUUUUUUUUUUUUUUUUAUAAUGGUGAAAUGAGUUGACAACUGCUGUUACUAGGGUUUUGGAGCAUACAUACCUAAAUGGUUAUUUUACCCUUGUGGGUUUUAUUGAAAGUAAUGAUUUUGUAGCCAUGUUAUAACGAGACUGUCUCCUGUAUAACUGAACACAGCGUUUUUAUGACAGUUUGUACAUAUUUGAAGUUGCUGUAACUUUUUUAUGACUUGAAUUAAUAAAACUUUGAAACAGGCUUCUAAUUCUUCCAUAAUGAAAUGAUAGUCUGCUGAAUUAUCAUGCUUACAAAUUUGUAAUUUGAUUCCUUAAAGCAAGGAACCUCAGCAUAGUUGAAAAUAUUCUAGAACUCAAAUUAGCAAUUUUUAUCAGCCAUCUAGUAACUCAACAGCAUGAUAUUUUUUCUUAAAGCUGUGAAAAGUACUCAACAAGAGUAAAAUGAUAAUAUACAGAUUGUUGUAUAAAAAAUCAACAGGCUGAGAAUGCAGUCAUUUCAGGUAUGCAUAGACUGAUCUUUCCAAUGCUAUGUAAGUUUUUAAAAUAAGCCUCUAACCUAGGACAUCUCUGAUGCAGGGUUAGGGGUGGGCAGGCCUGGCAUCUGAUGGUGGAGCUGGGGGAGAGCAAUUUACCCCACUGCUGUGAGUUUGUCUGUGGUAAUGCUGCUGCACAGCAAGGAGCUGUUUCUGCUUUUAUUCCUGUUCUCUGCCAUAGAUGCUGACCAGACUUCCACAGGCUCUCAGCCUCCCAGACCCUUCCCUGGACAUGAAGGGCUUGCUUUGGCUGUCAGUAACCUGUGCCAUGGAUGUUGGCUAGCAAUCCCUCCAGCAUAUCUGAUUUAUAAAGGAAAUGCUGUAACUCCUGUUGCCAAAGAAAUAAUGAGAUGCAAGAUAAGGAACUGAAUGACAAACCUUGUUACUAAUGUGGUGUGUGUUUUGACCCACCCUGGCUAAAACAAGAAAAGUAGGACAAACUAGUGGGAAGAUAUUCUAUGUACUGUUUAUGAAGUUAAAUGUGAAGUGUGGCCCAUCAGUGUGCCUGCUAGAUACCACAGGGAAGUUGCUGGACUGUGGUGGUGUCACCUCCACUGUCACAGCUCAUUAGUAUCCCUUCUGCCCCUCAACAGGGUGGUACCUCAGAGGCGUGCAUUGCUGUGUUGGGUGUUGCACAAAAAUCCUGAAGUAGGGAAUUUACUGGAACAUUUUGCAGCCUUUUCAGGCAGCUUUGUCAGUGAUAACUUCUGCAGGGCAGGCUCUCCCUCUUCUGAUCUGGGCCAUUCCCUUUCUCCCUAGGUAUGCAGGCAAUCUGCUGAGGUGUGAUGAAUUUUGUACAAUUCUGUAAGCUGUUAACCAA